UUUCAUCUAUUUUUAGACAGACGGAGAGAAAAGAAUUUGUAGAAAUUCUUGGGCAGAACUUAUGCUUAGGAAGAAUGAUCACUCUCAGCUGGAAUUGAUUAGAUCACAAGACAACAGUUUAAGGUAAAAAACAUCGAGACAUUUGCAAAUUGACCAGUUUUCGACACACGGAGGUGUGUAUCAAUACCGCAUUCUCAUUGGACAACCUGUGCUGUGGCAAGACAGUCUCAUCCCUAAUCAAAUCUUUCAGCGGAAAGAAUAAAAAUGUCAAGGAUGCGUUAAUGGGGACAGGACUUCAUGGUUAUUGUGGGGUAAAUCACAAGAUUGGUUCUUGGCCUAAGCUGGCUUCUGGAAAAGGGAGAAGAAUUGGAUAGUUGUGUAAUCAUUAAUAUGGAUAUAAAUGAUAAAUAUGGUAAAGACAGUAUUGAACAUGUUGAAAGGAGAAUAAUUGACUCAGAACAAAAAACAGAAACAUGUAUGCAUAAUACUGGCUUUGAAGGAAAGAAGCACAGUUCAAUGAGUUCAGAUGUGAGUAUUCAUGUUGAUGUACCUCUAGCCAUAAACAAAUUAUCAAAGACCAUUGGCGAAUCUUACACAGAGGACUGUAGUAAAAUAGAAAAAUUAGAAAUGCAUAAACCUGAUAGCCAAAGACAAGUUAGUACCAGUGAUGUUUUGAAAGUAUUAUCUGAACAACCAUCAGAUCAUAGUGACCUAGAUUUUGACUACCAGUAUCCUAGACACAACCCAUCUUUACAUCAUCAAUCAUUUGAAACCAUCCCAGACGAUAGCCAGGAACCUGUUAUUGAAAAGGAAUACAGGACACUUGCCUGUGAAUCAAGUCAGGAACAUGACGAAGCUAUGGCUAAUUCUAAAACCGAAUUAAAGGUUACAUCAGGAGGUGAAAGUAAUUAUCAGAUAGAUUUGCCAAAAAAAGAACUGAAGACCUUUGUUGUUGAAAAUAGUAACAAGGAACAUUUUCCUAAAACAGAGGUAGACCCCUUAGGAGUUGUUAAAAGUAAAAAGAAGACAUCAACUGUUGAAAAUGAUAACAAGGAGCAUUUGCCUACAUCAGAACUGCAGAUGGCCUCUGAUGAUUUAAGAAGCAGGAUUGCUAGUAGUAUUAGAGAGGAAGAAAAGGAUGGAACAGAUACAUGUACCCCUGAAGCAGAAUUUCAAUUCAGUUCAACAUCCACAUCAUUUGGUUUCUUGUGGAUAAUACCACUUCUUCUUAUUUUCAUAUUGCACCACAACAAUCUGCAAAUGACCAACAUAAAAUAUCCAGUCCCUCCUAUCCUUUAUUUGAGCUCAAAAAUCACAAAGACAGGAAGACCAGUCGUGAACGAAUAUUCUAGCAAUGGAAAUAAUAAAACAGAAUAUUGCAGCAAUGAAAAGUAUGAGUAUUUUAUGAAAGUCAGCUGUAAACAGAAUUUUUGGACUGAUAACUCAAGCAUGAAGUACAAGGUUAAGGUUAAGACUAUGGUAAAUGAAUUUUUUGAAAGAUACUUAGAUUCCAAAUGUCAAUUUCAGUAUAUGAGCUCAGAGAAGUUACAUUUAAAGAAAUGUCAUCCAAAGCACAAUUUUUUGUUUGAAAAAAUGAAGCACUUGAGUAAUACAUGUAAUAUAACUGCUUAUGCAGUUAUUUGGAUGCCAACAGACGAUUUCAUUCCUCCUAAUGAAGAAAAUGAGUUGAUUCCAUCUACACAAGAACAUGCUGUAAUAAACACAGGAGGCAUGGAUUCAAUUAUAAAUGCCAUAAUUCCAGGUACUGUACAAAGUGUUAUAGACAGUUGUAAUGUGACUACCACGGCAAUACAAUGUACUGAAGGACCUAGGAUUAUCCCAGAUGUAAUAACUCAAAGUGCUGGAGAAAGUUCUGAUAUGGAUACCAGGGCAGUACACAUUACUGAUGGAUAUUGGGACACCCCUAGUGGAACAAUUCAAAGAGCUCGAGGAAGUUGUAAUGUGACUACCACACCAAUACAAUGUACUGAAGGACCUUUGGAUAUCCCAGAUGUAAUAACUCAAAGUACUGGAGAAAGUUCUGAUGCGGAUCCCAGGGCAGUACACAUUACUGAUGGAUAUUGUGACAUCCAUGCUGGAACAAUUCAUAGUGCUGGAGGAAGUUGUAAUGUGACUAUUACGGCAAUACAAUGUACUGAUAGACCUAGGGAAAUCCCGGCUGGAAUGAUACAAAUGGGAGCUGCUUGUACAUGGCGAAGUUUAGAAGGAGAGAUGAGCAUGUCUUCUAGAGAACACAGUUCUGAAAGGAACUCAACCACUCAAAGAAUAGAACAAAGUACAAAUAUACCUACAUUUAUCCGCAUUCCCCAUUCAACUUUAGUCAUAAGAUAUCAGGAUGUUUGCCUGCGCCUUGAAGCUGCUCAAGCUAAUAGAAGAAAUCUACCUGUUAUGCCUGUGGAAAGAUCUGUAAACAGCACCUUCACUACUACCCCACAAAGCCACAAUACUAGGAAUUCUAGACAGGAAACUUCCAGUACUUGUAAUCCUGUGACUGCCAGUAGAUCAACUGUUUCUACAGUUACCAUGGUUCCCGAUACAGGUGUUAAUAUUGAGUCAAAUCCAGUCAGAAUGAAUGAGCAGCCAGUGGGAGCGGAUGAUUUGGCAAAUAUUAUACAACGAAUAUGUCAACGAUCAUGUCAACAUCGGGGACUAGGUUCAAUACUACGAAGUGCACCUAUUGCUGGGCAACAUAGACCAGAUAUGUGUUCCCCAGAUACAGUUGCCACCAUUUUGACAUUGGCUGUAGGUCAUAGUCCAGAAAUCCUUGAUGAUUUUAGAACAAGGGACUUCACUGGACUACAGGUUUUGGAAAUUGUAAGAAAUUUUCUGGUACACAAUCAUGUUGGUGUAACAACUGAUAUCCAUCGCAUUGUAAGGGAAAGAUAUGGAGAAAGUGGAGACAUUUAUCGUGAGGCCGAUGUGGUUUCAGCUGUAAUGGGAGAUACAAAGAUUGAGGAAGUGACAACAUGUACCAACACAAAAUGCCAUGCAAUCAACACCAGAAUUAUUGAUUCUUCUUUGUCAAUGUUCAACAGACAUGACAGAAGAGUUUUGACAUCAAAAAGUUUAGCAGAAUAUCUGAAUCAACAUUUGAUGAGAAGAGAAGAAACUUGCAGUCAAUGUUCAGGAGCUCCAGCUGGUACUAGACAAAGCAGAAGAAUGAUUAAUUCAAGGCUUAUUUAUAUAAAUGCCUUCCAUGCUAAAAUAACAAAGGCCAAUAUAAAAGAUAUGCUUAGUCCAUUCAGAGUCGGUGAUUCUGUCUACCAGGUUCAUGCUUUGAGCUUCUGGCAUGACAAUCAUUUUACAGCAAGGAUAAAUAUCCGUGGCCAAUGGUGGACCUAUGAUAAUAAGAUAGGAUUUAAUGAACAGGAAGAUGAUGAUGGCAACCCAGGACUUCUGUCGGGAAUAUAUAUAAAGAAGAUCGGGUAGAUUGAG